AUGAAGCCAGCGAAGCGACUCUCCACGACAAUGGACGAACAGACAUUCGUCCCGGACACAAUGAGGGCUCUUUACUGGUGUCCCGCUUCUACCGCCAUCCGAGACGACACGUCUCUGGACAAUCCCAGAGUAGAUUCAGAAGUAGUCUUCGACACAGACUUCCCAACACCGAAGCCCUCCCCAUCUCAAUACCUCAUCAAAGUCCAAACCGCCGCAUUUUCGCAUGACGAGCUUAGACUGGCGAAGGAGCUUAACCCAAUCAAAUCCAUUCCGCAAGUGCCCGUCCACAACUUUUGCGGUACAAUCAUCAGCACUCCCACCGAGGACCAUGAGAAGCCCGACGGGCCCAGGUUCAAAGUCGACGAGGUCGUUUUCGGCCUGAUCGACUACUCCCAGGACGGCGCAGCAGCGGACUACGUCCUCGCAACAGAGGACGAGAUCUCGCAUAAGCCUCAGAACAUCUCCGCCGCAGAAGCAGCAACUAUCCCGUUACCAGCCCUCACAGCCUGGCAAGCGCUCUUCAAAUACGCGGGCCUCGAUCCCACAGCCCGCAAGGAUCUCCGCGUUCUAAUCACAAAUGCCCACCAUAGCGAGGUCGGCACGCAGGCUCUCCAUCUCCUCCGCUCCGAGUCCCUAUUCCCGCGCUACCGUCCCUGGAUCUGCGUCACCUGCGCCUCGGAAGACGCAUCCGCCAAACUUCGCCAGACCUCCGACGUCGAUGAAACCAUCCUCGUCCCGGAUCCAAUGCCCAAGGAUUUCGACCUGAAGACUACAUUCCGCAAAAACAAGUGGGGGCCUGUUGAUAUCCUCCUCGACUGUACGGGCGAGGUCAUCCUUACCCAAACCAACGCCCCAGCCAUCAUCAAAGACGGCGGUGCAGUCCUUUCAGCUGUGGAUGCCAACCCCGUCUUGAAUGUCAACCCGAAGAAGAGCGAGGGGACGCCGCAGGCGCGCUUUGUCCAUGUUGAACCGGACGGCAAGACGCUAGGCUUGAUUGCGACUAUGGUUGAGAAGAACACUGUUCGGGGAAGAGUUGAGGAUGUUGUUGAUCUUGUUAACGGGGCGGGCUCCCUUUCUUCUAAUGCUGCGGCUGCUGGAGGGGAGAGGAUGGGUGGGAUCCAUGUGCUUCGAGUGAAUACCUGA